AUGCCGCAACGUCCCUCUGUGCCGGACACAGGCCUCACGUGGGAGGUGAGGGCCAACCAGCAUCACUACCACAAACGACAGCAGAAGAAAUCCUUCCUGUUCUUCCGUUGGGGACGAUCAUCGGACAACGUGGUGCGCAGCUACAAGUACUCCGUGCUCACUUUCCUGCCCCUGACGCUGUUUGAGCAGUUCCAGCAACCGGCCAAUCUCUACUUCCUCUUCAUGGUGGUGUUGCAGUCUAUUCCCAUCAUCUCGUCCAUCGCGUGGUACAUCUCCGUCGUGCCGGUGCUCAUCAUUCUCUCCGUGAAAGGCAUGAAGGACCUCAUUAACGACAUGGCAAGGAGAGGCAGUGACUCUGCGAUCAACUCCCGACCCUGUGACGUGCUCGUCUCCCAGAGUUUCAUUACGGCACAGUGGAAGGAUUUGUGUGUGGGAGACAUUGUGCGCAUCCACAAAAACCAAAUCAUUCCCGCAGACCUUCUGCUCCUGUGCAGUUCCGAGCAUCAGAGUCUGUGUUAUGUGGAGACAGCUGACAUUGACGGCGAGACAAACCUGAAGUACAGACAAGCUCUGGAUGGAACACACCACGUCUUAACCUCUCACCCUGCAGAUGGAAGGCUGGCCAACUUCGACGGUGUCGUUCUCUGUGAGGAGCCCAACGAUCGCUUGUACACCUUCAGGGGACAGCUCCACUGGCGGAGGCAAUGUCUCCCGCUGGACAACGAGCACAUCCUGCUGAGGGGGACGGUGCUGCGGAACACGCUGUACGCUUACGGCUUGGUCAUAUACACCGGUACAGACACAAAGAUUCUGAGGAACUGCGGAAAACUGCGGAAAAAGGGAACUCGGGUGGAAAAAGUUCUCAACCGAGCGGUGAUCGGGAUAGUCGUGACCAUGCUGCUGACUGCGCUCCUUAUGGCCGUGGGGAACGGACUAUUCGCCAGCCGGGUCAUGACCCACACGGAGGUUCUGUCUUCUCUGGUCAUCAACAACGACCCGGCCUACACAGGCUUCCUCACCUUCUGGAGCUACAUCAUCCUGUUCAGCCCGGCCAUGCCUAUUGCGCUCUUCUUCACGUUUGAGAUGAUCCACACAAUCCACAGCAAGUUCAUCGGGUGGGAUCUGGAGAUGUACUGGGAGAAGACUGACAGCCCAGCACAGGCCCGCAACACCUCCUUGUGUGAGGAGCUGGGCCAGGUGGAAUACCUGCUCAGUGACAAGACUGGGACCCUGACCCAAAAUCGUCUUCUUUUCAGACAGUGCUGCAUAGCUGGCAAGAUUUAUGGUGACGUUUCAAUAAGGGCAGAGGACACAAAGCCGAUGGACCUCAGAUGGAAUCCUUUCUCCCGUGGGGGUCUGUUCAUGUGGGCUCCCAGCUUGGUGAGGCGUCUCCGAGCACAGCAGUGUGAGACCACAAGACAAUUCUUCACGGCAUUGACCGUGUGUCACACCGUCAUGGCCGAGUGGAAAAAAGGCGCUCCAGUUUACCAAGUGGCAUCUCCAGACGAAGAAGCUCUUGUUUGUGCCGCCAGGGAGUUGGGCUGGGUCUUCAUGUCCAGGACCAGAGACAUCAUAGUUGUCUCCGAACUGGGAGUCACCCGUCACUAUAAACUGCUGGCGUUGCUUGACUUCACCAGCCAGAGGAGAAGGAUGUCCGUGCUGGUUCAGGAGCCAGGGGGAGCUUUGAAACUUUACUGCAAGGGAGCUGAUAUAGUGAUACUGGAGAGGCUACAAAGGGGCUGUCCACAUCAGGAGAUGACUGAACAAGCCUUGGAGCUGUUUUCCCGGGCCUCUCUGAGAACUUUGUGUAUUGCUGUCCGGUCGGUUGCUGAGGCGUCCUGGAAGCAGUGGCGCAAAACCCUGGCCAGGGCGGCGGCCAUGGCGACCUGUGACCGCGGCAACCUGCUGGAGAAGCUUUAUGAAGAGAUGGAGCAAGAGCUUCAGCUUCUGGGAGUUACAGGCAUAGAGGACCGACUCCAAGAGGGCGUUCCAGAAACGAUCGCUUUACUUACACAGGCUGGGAUUAAAGUAUGGGUGCUAACAGGGGACAAAAAAGAGACCGCAGUCAACAUCGGCUAUUCUUGUCAACUGCUGGACCCUGAUACAAAAUUACUUGAGUGGCAGGAGUUGAGAAACAUCCUGCAGUCCCCGGACCCUGAAGUCAGUUUCCUUAAGGCCCGUGAAACACAGCUGUGGGCUAUUGAAAAGGACAAACCCGGAUCAAAGACGGCGAUGGUCCUGACCGGUCCCGAACUGACAGAGUUUGACCAGAAACCGGAAUGGGGGUCCACGUUCAUGAACCUGGCCAAACAGUGUCAGUCGGUGUUGUGUUGCCGGGUGACACCUGGGCAGAAGGCCAACAUCGUCACUCUGGUCCAGAACCACACCAGCUCAAUUACGCUGUCAAUCGGGGACGGCACCAACGAUGUCAACAUGAUCAAGACGGCUCAAGUUGGCGUGGGUCUGGUCGGAGUGGAGGGAGGCCAGGCUGUGCAGAACGCAGACUUUGCCUUGUCUCAGUUCAGGUUCCUGCAGAGGUUGCUCCUGGUCCAUGGGCGCUGGUCUUACCGCCGCAUCUCCCUUUUUUUGAGUUACUACUUGUUUAAGACAUGCAGCUAUACGCUUGUCCAAACAUGGUUUGGCAUCUUCAACGGCUUCAGUGCUCAGUCAGUGUAUGAGGGAUGGUUCAUAACUUUGUACAUUGUCUUCUACACGGCUUUCCAUAUUCUGUUUGUGGCCUUCUUUGAAAAGGAUGUGAGUGCAGAAAACAGCCUAAAACAGCCCGAGCUCUACAAGUCUGGACAGAGGCAGCAGCUUUCCAGUCCACUGGUCAUAUUUGCGUCACUGGUGUACGCCAUUUACGCUUCACUUGCUCUCUUCUUCAUCCCGUAUGGAGUCUUCUUCGACACAUAUUUCGACUACCAGACCAUGGCGAUCACUGUGUCCAUGGCAGCUACUUUCACCGCCAUCAUUGAGAAUGUGGUGAUCAGCAGAUAUUGGACAUUGUUGAACGUAGGAGCAGUGUGCUGUUCUUUGCUCAUGUUCUUCAUCGGCACCACGGUCACAAAUUGCAAGUUCCUGUUUCUCAGAGCACCUCUGGACUACUUCUUUUACGGUGCGUCCGACAUGGCCUUCAGUGAUCCAGUCGUAUGGCUCACGGCUGUGCUCGCCGCCUGGACGGCCGUGUUGCCUUCAAUGGUCUUCCAUGCAGUCAGUGCCAUCCGCCCCAACCAAGACAAACAUAGGGUCCACAGCAUGACUCCUCAGCCAGUAGAACUGAAUUCAAGGUUCACACGGGGAUCAUCUCGGCGUCGUUCUUCAUUUGCUGUCUCUCAAGGACCUGCGCCUGAACGCCUGAUCUCUUCAGGCAUCCAAAACACAGUUAUGGAUACCAACGGUGUGGACUCCAGCGAUGCGAUUUGGUCUCAAGUAUAA